AUGGCCAACCCUUCAUCCGUGUACAGUGCGAUGGUCAACGAUGCGCAGCUUCCGGACGACCUGAAUGGGAUGCCUCUGGGCCCGGAGACAACUGAGACGGACAGCGUCGAAGAUCUCCCGCGUCUACCAAGUUCAUCUUCCUUGCCAGUUCCUAAUACGCCAGCCAGCUUUGUGCAGCGAUCCCCUCAACAGCCCAGUCAAACUUCUGUACACCCGUACGUUCACAGGCGCAGCACGGCAUUCAAUAAAUUCAUCCUCUACGAAACGCGUUUAAAGUUCUACAUCGUUGCUAGCAAUGCGUCUGAUUCAAGGCAUAGGAUCAUUAAGGUCGAUAGAACGGGGGACAGAGAGAGCAGUGGCAGAGAGUCAUCGGAGAAGGGUGGCAGCGGAGGAGGGGCGAGCAGUCCGGAGCUGGAUAGUGGCGGAUACGGGCUGAGCAUCGUGGAGGACGACACGGAGUAUACUGGAAAGCAGAUGAGUGCCAUGCUCAAGAUGCUGGAAGAUGGUAACAGGAGCUCUGGUGGAUUGGGGAGAGCGAGGGUGUUCUUCGGGGUCGUAGGAUUCAUCCGGUUUACCUCCGGAUAUUACAUGGUGAUCAUCACGAAGCGGUCUGUUGUAGCGCUGCUUGGCGGGCAUUACUUGUAUCACUGCGAAGGCACGGACGUUAUACCUGUGUGCCCGACGAUGAGGGUAGAACGGGAGCGACAAGCUGAAGAGACACGGUCGAUGGCGAUCUUCAGACAAGUGGACAUGUCAAAGAACUUCUACUUCAGUUACACAUACGACAUAACGUCUACGCUACAGCAUAAUAUGACGCAUGGUGGAAUAUGCAUGCACCACACUGUUGAUGGUGUUUCGGUGCAUAGGGGGAGGGCUUUCAACGAUCGGUUUGCUUGGAAUUUUAACAUGAUGAGUAAGGCGAAUGGUGCAUUUAGCGUUGGGGAAAGUCGGGGGCGAGGAAGUGGAGUAGUGAGAUUGACCGCUGUGUGGAUGGUGCCGCUUGUUCACGGACACGUAGAUCAAGCCAAGCUUACAGUGCUCGGCCGAGUCGUCUUCGUGACGCUGAUAGCGAGGAGGUCAAGGCACUAUGCAGGCGCGAGAUACCUGAAGCGGGGAGUGAACGACAAAGGAAACGUAGCGAAUGAAGUUGAAACCGAGCAGAUAGUCUCAGAGGCGCUCACCACUCCAUUCUACUUCCCGCCAAAGAGGGAAUCCAGCGAACUCAUUGGCGAGACGAGGUCAACAGAUGAAGGGAAGGGAGAAGGGAAGAUCAACCGAAGUGGCCUAGCCGAACAUCUCAGAAGACCCAGCCCUAACUACACUAGCUAUGUUCAGUACAGAGGUAGCAUACCGGUAUACUGGACACAGGAAUCAAGUGGCGUAACUCCCAAACCACCCAUUGAGAUCAGCGUCGUGGAUCCAUUCUACACUGCGGCAUCACGACAUUUUGAUGACUUGUUCAGGAGGUAUGGGGCACCGAUCACGAUCUUGAAUCUCAUCAAAAGACGGGAGCCUCAGCCUCGGGAAAGCAAGCUAUUGGACGAAUAUACGCAGUGCGUACGUUAUCUGAACCAGUUCUUGCCGAAGGGAAAGAAGAUGGUGUAUCGGGCGUGGGAUAUGUCUAGAGCGUACAAGGAGAAAACUCAAGAUGUAAUCAGCUACCUAGAGGAUUUGGCGGAGGAGUCUAUUCAGAUGACUGGCUUCUUCCAUUCAGGCGCGGAGCCUUACGCCCAUUAUCUCCAUAACUUGGAAUUGAGCCAUGCAGAGAAUCAUCACGUCUCAGCCCAAUCACCCACCGACGUUCAGUGGCGCACUUCAAUCUCCCUCCAGAAUGGAAUAUGCCGAACCAACUGCGUUGAUUGUCUUGAUCGAACGAACGCAGCCCAAUUCGUCUUUGGGAAGCGAGCACUCGGGCAUCAAUUGUAUGCAUUGGGUGUCGUGGACAGCCCGAAUUUGGCGUUCGAUUCGGAUGCGGUGAAUAUGCUGACAGAAAUGUACCACGAUCACGGCGACACGAUUGCGCUGCAGUAUACCGGGAGCGCCCUCGUCAAUCGUGUAGAGACAUACAGAAGGAUGCCGCAUUGGAACAGUCAUUCGAGGGAUAUUAUCGAGAACAUCCGACGAUUCUACACGAACUCGUUAUUAGAUGCCGACAAGCAAGCUGCGAUUAAUCUAUUUCUCGGUGUGCAAUCGGAACGAGUGGCUCCUCCGCCUGUGCGAGGCGGCUAUCAGCAGUGGUUUGAUCCUGUUAAUCUGGAGCCUGCAUACGUGUUAGAGGACUGCGAAAGGGGGCUGGAGGAGUUCGUCAGGGGGAGCAGGGGUGAUUUCUGGAUCGAGUAUUACAGGCCGUUGCUGUUUACAAGUUUGGGUAAACACUUCGCGUAUUCGAUGAAUAGCACGCUGAAGUUACCCGGGUCAACGGCGAAGGAUAUGAAUUAUAGCCCUUUCGAGGCACAUGGAAACACGUCCAGAAGGAAUGCGGGUAUGGUCCAAGGUGUUCGGCGUUGGAUGACCUCGUCCAAUUCCAAGUUCCAGAUGGCACAGCCGAGGGUAGAGGCGAAACAUAAGCAGAAUAGCUACUCCGACAAGCCUGACCUUGGAUCAACGGAGGUGAUCGCAAGACAAUUAUUAGAUCCCGCCGUUUCCGUCGAAGACGAGAAAGAAUAUCAGGACUAUGUUGAUCAGUACCAUGAAUUCCUUGAUGCACCGUUGUUGUUCGGUGAGCGGAAGGACCUGGAGAAAUACUCACUCGCUGUUCGGACUGCAAUGGGGGAGGGCACCGUCUGGAGCGAAGAAGCCUCCAAGAAUUUCCAUACGUUCAGUGUGUAUGUGGAGCAUGGAAAGAUCGAGUAUUUAGAUGGUGUUGGGAGGAAGAAGGAUUCGAUGGCGCUGACGGCGUGGUAUGAGAGUCGAUGGGUUGCCGGUGUCACGUUACAUCGGGGGCGCUUGACAGGCGCUAAAGAGCAACGAUCACAACACAGCCAUCCUUGGCAAUCUACUUUCCCGCCUUCUCCAGACUACAUCGAUUCCACUCGAACACUCACACAUUUCUCGAAUCCCGAGGCUCCUGUUCGCUGUGGCCAGUAUAUCUACACUCGCAGUGCUCAAGCCAACAUGAAGAAGCUAUUUGGCAGGGAUAAGCAGAAGGUAGCCAAGGUUGUGGCCAAGGAGCCUUCGUCACUCGGUAUAGAGGAAUCUGUUCCGAUAUACGCUCAGCACGCCUCCCAGGUCUCCCGCCAACCACCAGCUGAGCACGGGCACUCGACAUAUCCUACCACCAACCACUAUUCGCAGCAGCCUCCUCGACCAUCAAUUGACUCAGAGCGCUGGGAGAUUCUAGAGGGGAGAGAGGAUUCGUCGCGUCAGAAAUCGCACUCAUAUCCACAGCAGCAGCAACCGCAAUAUCCGAAUCAAUACGCACCUCCUGCGCGUGCGCUGCCGGCGUCACGAGAAGGCUCUUUCAAUGGUAGUUUGCCACCGGGAGCUUCCCCACCUGUCUCGAGUCCACUGCCACGGUCAUCUUCGCCGUUUAGUAGCGCCUCUCUUAAGGAGCGGGAUAAGGCACAGAAGAAGAAACCGCCACCUAAUCCCGCUGUUGUUCUGGGUAUCGUCAAAUCGCUGGACGCUCACACUCACAUACACAAUCAGGGGCACGGCGAACCCGCAGCCCUUCAGAUGCGGAACGCGCCCAGCCAGGAGGCGAUGUAUGAUGUAUCACCACCUCCGAUACAGUCGCUGCAUCCAGGGGAUGGGAAGUUCCCUAUAUCGAACAUCGAUCCAAAGCAUUCGAUCCGUCUAGUCGGCGCCCCUCAGGCGAGUGAGGUGAAGAAGGAGAAGAAGGGAGGAGGUCUUGAAUUUUGGGAACGGAUAUCAGGGAAGGAUCGUGAUAAGGAACGGGACAAGGAAGUUGAGCACGAUAGAGAGCGAGAACCUAGAGUCAAAGAUAGAGAGCGUGGUGGAGACAGAGAGCGUGAGCGGGAUAAGGACAGAUUCCGGGAUAAGGAGAGAGACAGGAGGGACGAGGAAGGCCAGUUAACUCGGAUGAUAGGUUUCCUUACCGCGACGGCAUCAGAAGAUUGGAACCUUGCUUUGGACGUUUGCGAACGCGCUUCUGCCAAUGAAGCGUCCGCUAAGGAGGCCGUACGGGCUUUGAGGCGAGAGUUCAAAUACGGGGAGCCAACGGCGCAAUUAUCCGCCGCUCGAUUAUGGGCCAUCAUGCUCUGGAACUCCAAUGAGUUGUUUGUGCAGCACUCUAUGUCCCGCAAAUUCCUGGAUACCCUAGAGCAUCUUAUUACCUCGUCGCAAACAAGUCCCGUCGUGAGAGAACGCAUAUUGGAUGUCCUAGCUGCUGCUGCUUUUGCUAGUGGGUCAAAGAAAGACGGCCACCACAAAAAUGACAAGGAAGGCUUCCGAGGUUUGUGGCGAAGGGUUAAGCCUGCUGAUAAACCAGACGAGGGCGUACCUCUGGACACUAGAGAUUCGAUAUUCAACCCACCCGUACAACCUAACCGCGUCUCCUACCACCAAGACGGUCCGAUACCGUCGCCAUAUCCUGAAGUCCACACAGAGACGCCUAGAGCUCCUGACAAUGCUCCGCCGCCGGCUCCUCGCAAACGCAGAUCAGUCACCCGAAACCGGAUUAUACCCCCAGAAGAGGACAUGCGUCGUCUGAUGGAAGAAUGUACGAUUGGACAAGGCAAUGCCUCGCUUCUUUCCCAGGCCUUGGUAUAUGCGAAACCGGAGAACCUCAAGAAGGAUCAGAUCAUCACGGAAUUCUAUGCCAAGUGCCGCGCUUCACAGGAACUAAUUUAUGCUCAAAUACCCUGGGCAUCUUCCAACGCGGAACGUUCACGGCUGGCGAAAGAAAAGGAACAGCAGCAGUCCUUGCCGAAGAUUGUGAACGGCAAGCCAAUAUCACCUCCCGCAAGCAUCGAUCCAGAUAAUUCAAAUGACAAAACUCCGGAAGAAAAGCUCCUUGAUGCAUUGUUGGCCGCCAACACAGAGAUCAUGGACGCCUUGCAACAGUACGAAGAUAUGGAACAGAUAGGUCGUGAGAGAGAGGCUGAGGACAGGAGCCGGAAGGAGACUAGAAUGAACCGUCAGCAACUGUCCCACCUCGAUGCAGAAGGCAAUAACGGCCAGGGAGUUGGUGCCAGCUCGAGGCCACAUUCGCGGACCGGAUCCUCAUCCCCGUCGCCGCCAGCGUCCAUAUGGACAUCGCCACCGACUGGGGAAAUACCAGGACGACCGCAACAAGGGAGCACCAUUGCGCAUCCCUAUCCACGGCAACCCUCCUCCCCACCAGGUUUCGGACCAGGCGCCCACGGGGGCUCAGCUACUGCUAUUCCACAGACCUUGGCCCCCCCUCCCGCAGCGCCCCAUGGCCCACGAUCUCCGGCGCAAUCGUCUACUCACUCUCGAACCCCGUCGCCCUCUACGCCCGCUUACGAAAUGCCGCCUGUUAUGUCCGCCUAUUCAGGCUCUAAUACCAGCCGAUCCCUCCCCCUUUCUUCUCUGGCCCACGAUGCCGACGCCGAUGAUGACAACCCACAUCCCGCUGGACCUAGCGAGAAAGCGUUGGGUAAACGGAGGGUGGUUGAGGAGGAGGAACCUGAAAGUAAAGUCGACCCACUAUUUACAGCUGCUGUGUCUAACAUCACUGCUGUAGAACCAUUUGACACAGAUGACCUCUUCUUCGACCGGAAGACCGACAACCUCAGCACGGAUGAUUCCAUUGAGUCUGAUCGUGAGUCAGACAAUGCUGUCCUACGCAAAUGGGGGCACACUCCGGUUCACUAUGUAUAUGACGCUGCCGCUGAGCGUACGAAACAACGGAUGGAGAGGGGUAAUCUGCUGGUUAACGGUGUGCAUUAA